CUAAUUGUCCCUUAUCACAUUGUGUAUCCAACAUGUCAUCUGAUUUUUCUCAUUUUGCAUUUAGUUUUGUCCAUUGGAUUGUUGGACCAAAUUAAUUACUCAUCCUCAUAAAUAAAAACAAGAUAGCAGAAUCUCAAAGAGCAGAAUCCAGAACAAAAAAAAAAAAGAAGCAUAGAAAGCAUGAAAAGAUGGAGAAAGGGACAUGGAGAUUCGAGUAGCACAACAAAAAUGGAAAUUGUACAAUAAUGGAAACUUGUGGAAAUAUUGGAUUAGGGCUAAAAAAGAAGAAGGAAAUUGGGAGAAGGAAGUUGGAAAUUAAGAGAAUUCAAGAUAAAAAUUGUAGACAAGUUGCUUUCUGUAAACGCAGACAAGGUCUUAUCAAGAAAGCCAAUGAACUUUCAAUUCUCUGCAAUGUUGAUGUUGGUGUUGUUAUAAUCUCCAAAAAUGGCACUGGCAGGCUCCAUGAAUACUCUAGCACUAACAGUGUGACAGGGAUCCUUCAAAGAUAUGAAAGCCACGUCCAAGCAGAAAAAGAGAUCUCUGGAGAGCAUUCUAUGUACUCGAGCAUGAAAAUUGGAGAACUUCUACAAACAGCAGAAAGGCAGCUCGAGGAAACUAAUGCUGAUGGUCACACUGUGACUGACCUUAUCCAUUUGCAAAACGAACUUCAAACUUCUCUAACACAAAUCAGAUCUAAAAAGACACAAUUGAUGCUUGAAACUGUUAAGGAUCUUCUUGAGAAGGAAAAACAGCUGCGAGAGGAAAAGAAAAUUCUGAAGAACAAUAGAGCUCGGAUGAAAAAAAAAAAGGAAGAAGUGAAUGGGAUGUCUGACCUUCCACCAGAGGGGUGACCCUGAAUUUUCUCAAGUGAUAUUACAUGCGUAUUUGCCUUGCCGUGGCUCCAGAAUAACCUGAAAAUUAAGGACAUAUGGUUCCUGUAUUUAGUAUCAUUUUCAUACAUCAAAUAAGCAGGGACUUCAGAAAUAACUAGCAAUAUUUUAGUAUCAUUUUCUUACAUGAAAUAAGCAGGGACUUCAUAAA